CCCGCGCUGUCCCCGCACGGAGAGGGACCGCGCCGGGCCGGGGUUGGUGCGGGCCGGUCCCGCCAUGGAGGAGCCGGGCUGCGGGGCGCAGUUCCGCGCCGCCGUGCAGGUGAUCCAGGGGCUGCCGCGGAGCGGUGCGUACCGACCCUCCUACGAGGAGAUGCUGCGCUUCUACAGUUACUACAAGCAGGCGACGGCGGGGUGCUGCCAGGGCCCGCGGCCCGGCUUCUGGGACCCCAUCGGCCGCUACAAGUGGGACGCCUGGCACAGCCUGGGCAGGAUGUCCAAGGAGGAGGCGAUGGCCGCGUACGUGGCGGAGAUGAAGAAGGUGGCCCAGAAGGUCAUCGACACCGUGCCCAUGGACGAGAGCACCGAGGAGAUGUUCCGCUACUUCGAGCCGCUCUACGAGGUGAUCCACGACAUGCCGCGGCCCCCCGAGUCCUUCUUCAGGCGCAGAGGGGAGAGCCAGGGGAGGCCAGAUGGCCCCAGCCAGGAUGUGCCAGCGAGCAGCCCAGCUCUGGAGAGCCCCAGAGACAGCGUGCCUGGGGAGCAGCAGGACGGGCCAGGGGCUGGGCUGGCUCCUGCCCCCGAGGGGAGCCAGGUGACAAGUGACACUGAGGGGGACACGUUCUGUGACACCCUGGAGCAGAUGGAGCCUGAGAAGGCUGGGCAGGGGCAGGGGCUCACCCCAAAUGGGGCCCAGGCUGGGGCUGAGCCCCCAGUGCCCCACAGUGCUGGGCAGGGCGAGCGGGGCGAAGGCAGAAGAGCCGAGGGGAGCAGCAGCACCGACCUCACAGCCCUGGGCUCCGAGAGAGCGCCAGCGCCGGGCUCCUGGAGCCUGCCCGGCCGUGUGUGCCCGUCCCUGUGCCCGCAGGUGUCCGGCUGGCAGGGGGGGCCCCCGGCAGCACCCCCGAGCUGGCGCUGGCCCCGGGGCUGGAGGCGCACGUGGCCAGCGCGGUGCGGGCGCUGCAGGAGGAGCUGCGGCGGGUGCGGGAGCGGCUCAGCCGCCUGGAGACGCUCGGCAAUGCCCAGAAGGAUGCGGCAGGGACAGACCAGGGCCCAGCACUUGCUCCACAGGCGAUGUCUCCGUGGCACCUGACCGUGUCCCCGCGAACGCUGCUCUUCCUGGCCACCUGGCCCUUCGUCACCCAGUGGCUGCUGCGCCACUGGCAGGGCAGGAAGAGGUG